AACCCAAAGUUUCUCUUCAUACGAGGAUCUGCUCUACAGACGGAGGGCCAGAUCUGUAAUGAUGAGAAGAGCUGCUAUGAGUCCACAUGCCUGGAUCUUUUGUGCACUUCUUUGUCUCCUCACAUGUACCCAAAGCUAUAGUGCACACAGAGGGCCCGCCUUGACCCGAAGACGGAGGCUUGCUGAGGACGAAUUGGGCGGCAGGGCUAAUAAAAAGUGCUCUUAUACUUUCUUGGUCCCAGAGCAGAAAAUUACAGGACCAAUCUGUGCAAGCCAGGGCCCUUCUCUCCCUGACAAGGAGCGUAUUACACAGAUGGAUAUUGCUGAUGUUCGGGAGAGCCUGACCAAGCAGAGGCGUGAAAUGGACACGCUGCGGUUAGUUGUGGACGUGGAUGGAAAUAUGGUCAACGAAAUGAAACUUCUGCGCAAAGAGUCGCGCAACAUGAACUCCCGUGUUACUCAGUUGUACAUGCAGCUACUCCACGAAAUAAUUCGCAAGCGUGAUAAUUCAUUAGAGAUGGCCCAGCUGGAGGGCCGAAUCCUCAAUGCCACGUCUGAGGCCUUUCGACUUUCCGCCCACUACAGAGAGCUGGAAGCGCGCUUCUCUGCGUUGGCCGCCGUGGUCAAUAACCAGUCGGUGCUGAUCGGGGCUUUGGAGGAGAGAUGCCUGCAAGUUUAUGAAAAUCACAGAAGAGAGCCACUACCUCCGCCUCUUGUACAGGUUGUGCCAGAGAAUAUCCCGGUUUAUGUGCCUCGUUUUUCCAAUGAGAUUCAGAGGAGUCACAGUUGGGCCUUUCAAGGAGACCGUAGUUCUAGGACAGCUCCAGCACCUACAGGAAGCGCCCUAGACCCGCAACCUCAACCGCGGGGCAACUUCAGUUUGGAUGGUCCCUUUCGUGACUGUUUGCAGGCGAUGCUGGCAGGACACGACACCAGUGGAAUUUAUCUUUUGAAGCCUGAUGGAAGUGAGAGGUCUGUACAGGCCUGGUGUGAACAUGAUGUGGACAGAGGAGGCUGGACAGUUAUCCAGAGCAGGAAAGAUGGAUCUGUCAAUUUCUUCAGGAACUGGGAUAGCUAUAAGAAGGGGUUUGGCAAUGUAGACGGUGAAUAUUGGCUGGGUCUGGAAAACAUUUACAGUCUGGGCAAACAGGAAGAGUACAAGUUACUGGUGGAACUGAAGGACUGGAUGGAUAAAAAGGUUUAUGCAGCGUAUAACAGCUUUUACCUGGAACCAGAGAGUCAAUCUUACCGUCUGCGGCUGGGUCUCUACCAAGGCAAUGCUGGAGACUCCUUAACCAGUCACAACGGCAAACAGUUCACUACACUGGACCAUGACAAGGAUGCUUUCAUAGGUAACUGUGCUGAUUUCCAUAAAGGUGGUUGGUGGUACAAUUCUUGUGGUCAAACCAAUUUGAAUGGUGUGUGGUACUCAGGAGGAGUUUAUCGCAGCAAGUUUCAGGACGGCAUAUUUUGGGCCGAUUAUGGGGGUGGUUUUUACUCUAUGAAGUCUGUUCGUAUGAUGAUCAGACCAAUUGACUGAAGAAAAAAACGAAUAAAGAUCACAAUUCAGCCAUAAUACAUCUACCUGUGUCCACUUUGUGGUUAAAUAAAAAUGUCAAGUCACGUCAGCAACACUGAUAUUCUACAUAUAUUUAUGUUUUAACAAUUAAAUCACAAAAGUUGUCCUAGCACCCUACUUACUAAAUGGACGUUGUGUAGGGUUUCAAUCAUACACUUCAAAACUGAUCAAAGGCACUUGUUUUGGGUGUGGUAAAACUCUGGGGUUGUGCCGCAGUGUAGACGGACCUAAACAGAGUCUUAUGUAAACAAAGGAGUUGCUGCCCCCGUUUUUUUUCCUUCUUCAUGGGGUAAUCGGGAGAACCGGGAGAUUUUCCCACUAUUGGGACAUUUUUUUUUACAUGUCACAUUAGUGAGCGUAUCUUCUCUUAAAAAACACUACACACGUUUUGCAUUCUGACACCGCAGUGCGCAGCCUCUGCAUGGGUUGUACCAUGUGAGUGAGUUCCCCCUACCCCUCCCAUAGAGUUGGUUCGGUCCAUAGCGCGUAUUUCCAAAACUUUUUUCAGGUAGGCUGGGCUUGCCCUACCGUAACGGAAAGCGUUUCAGGAAGGAUGGGUGACAGGAAGAGGCCAGGAGGGGCUGUAAAAGCCGGGUUGAAGAAAAGAAAGACAUUGGAGGAGGAUGCUGCCAAAUGUGCCAAGAUUACCUAUUUAUUUUCAAGAGGACAAACAGAAGUGGCGACCGGUAAAGAGAGAUAUGCCUAGUAAUGAUUAGCAUUAGCAACUUAAUUAUUCGGCUAAUACCAUUGUCUACCUAUUGUACUUAACUCUCUAUGCAUUUAUUACACAUGUCCUUAUGUACAACUGAUCAAACUUUCAGAAUAGGAUGUUGUGAACCAAAGAAUCAUACAACUCCCUUGACUAAUUCUAGCCCUAAGAUACCCCAAAAGACUCAAUUUACAACAAAAGGUAGCCUUCAACAUAUCAGUAAACUAUACAUGUCUUUUAAAUUAGCCAUAGAGAUUCCCUGCUGAUCUUAGGUCAGCAGCAACAGUUGGUAUACAAUCACAAUAGUUUAUAGGUUGUAAUUGAUUUGUUGCAGGUAACAUGCAUGAUUUUAUUAAACUAUACACAAAAUUAUACAUAUUCAAAAUUAAAAAUAAAUACAUCAUAAAUUACUUUGUAGAGCCAAUUAUUUUCAUAAUUAUUUACAGACGGGCUUAAAUGGUACAGUGCCACAAAACAUAAUUUGUUCUCAAUUUAAUAAUGACAAGUAGGAAAAAAAACUACAGCACCUGACCUAGAAUCAUAGAGGCAUGUCACCGUGAAGGCACAGUAAAAAAUUGUCUGUGCUGAAACUCUUCUCAGUAACAAACAAGGCCGCCUUAAUGCACGGGCUUACCUGGGCUGAAGCCCAGGGGCCUCCCAAGUUUGCGUUCAUGAUGAGCUGAAAAGGUCAUAUUGUUUUGUAACUUGUCAGGUUUUCUGUCAAUCACUCUAAUUGAACGUUACAUGGCUGCUGAUUGGUCCGUUGUAACUUAACGUGAAAUAAAAUGUCAGACGUAACAUAUUUUUUAUUCCGCGUAAUGUAAUUAAGUGCGCGUUGUCAACUUGACAUUCCUGCACGUUAGACUGAGUAUGACAGAGAAACAGGAAAUAAUCCACCAACAAAUGAAAGAGUAAUUUCUGAAAUGUCAUAAUAAGCACUAGUGAGGUGCAGGUCUCUCUCUCUUUCGUGCGCGCGCUCGCUCGUUCGCUCUCUCUGUGCUCGUACAGCUGUCUGAGUCUCUGGCAUGCAGAAGUCUCUCCAAAAGUGCACAAGAAACUGUGCCGCUAAAUUAAGAAAGGAGUUCCCGCACAUAAUGCUGUUAGUUGUUAUAAAGUUUAAGUUUACUCGCGUUUAUAUCAGUGACGCGUGCGCAGCUGGAGCGAUGUUUGACGCGACGUUAGCUCACAGUACAUACAUCUGUUGGUUUAGAAAGACGAGAAAGAGACGCAACGGUAAAGGUGCAAGUCUAAGAAAGUAAAGAGCGACAAAACCAUCUCAAAUGAUCAUCCCCUGAUAGCACCAUUAUAAUCUCAUUAUCUAAAGAUCUUAUAUACAGGUAUGUUCCCUGUCUGUCUUGUGCAUAUUCAUACUUGGUCGUUUUACAUGCUUAUGUAUGCUUAAAUACUAAAUACAAUGCAUACUAUGGGGCCCUAUCUUGCACCCAGCGCAAUUGACUUUGUCAGUGACGCAUGUAUCAUUCGUAUUUUGCGC